UAUUACACGUCUGGCCUUGACUCCAAUAUUUCCCGUCUUAAUUAAGGAUUUGCUUGCAUUAUGUGUGGAUCCGUUACCACUUCUAAUCCAUUAUUACCAAACUCACCCACCAAAACAUCCCUCCAUCUUUCUUAUUUUCCAGAUUUUUACUCAUAAUAACAAAAAUUGUACUGAAUCUUAUCACAUAUUCUUUACGUUUGAUGAAUGUACGUAUAUUUUGAGUAUUGUAUGGUAAGUAGAUCUCAAAUCUUCAUCUGGGAUUGUUUAAAAAUGGAAUCUUGCAGCAAAUAAACAGAGCCACGUUGAAUGGCUAGUGCCCAAGAAGGAGAAGGGCCAGCAAAAGGUUGACCUUUUUUCCUUUGGGAUUGAUGGGGUUAAGCGCUAGAGCUUCCAGAUUACCUUCUUCUGUUUUUCGACCUAAAUCUCUGCUCCCCAGCCACCUUUCCACCAUGAGAACAAGGACAAUUUUUGGGAUCUCUAUUUCCCUAAUCAUCAUCAACAUGGCCGCUAUAAUGGAGCGCGCUGAUGAGAAUCUCCUUCCAGCUGUUUAUAAAGAAGUCAGUGAAGCUUUUACAGCAGGACCAUCCGAUCUUGGGUUUCUCACAUUCAUAAGGAACUUUGUGCAGGGAAUUGCUUCGCCAGUGGCAGGUAUUUUAGUUUUAAAUUAUGACCGUCCCACAGUUCUUGCAAUUGGUAUCCUCUUCUGGGCCAUAUCAACCGGUGCAGUGGGUGCGAGCAAGUAUUUUCUGCAGGUUGGCUUCUGGAGAGCUAUAAAUGGCUUCGGUCUGGCAAUUGUGAUACCUGCUUUGCAGUCCUUCAUAGCUGAUAGCUAUAAGGAUGAAGUCAGAGGGAUGGGAUUUGGGUUUCUUAAUCUAAUUGGUACUGUGGGUGGGAUAGGAGGCGGAGCUAUAGCUACAGUUAUGGCUGGUCAUGAAUACUGGGGAAUACCAGGAUGGCGCUUUUCCUUCAUCGUGAUGGCAACUUUGAGUUGUUUCAUAGGAUUUCUCGUCUUCUCUUUUGUCGUUGACCCAAGGAAGCAAAGCAGUGGCCAGCGUGAUAUUUCUGAACACUCUGACAGGGAUGAAUUGAUAGAGAAAGGACACUCAAAUAUCAAUUCAAUGUCAAUUUGGAUGGAGUCCUGGACAGCCAUGAAAACUGUCAUCAAACUCCAAACGUUUCAGUUCAUUGUUUUGCAGGGUCUAGUUGGUUCCCUACCUUGGACAGCCAUUGUUUUCUUUACAUUAUGGUUUGAAUUAAUCGGUUUUGAUCAUAAUAGUGCAGCCACACUUGUCGGUCUAUUUGCUGCUGGAUGCGCAUUAGGAUCCUUUUUCGGUGGAGUAGUUGCAGACAAAAUGUCUCGAAUAUACCCUCAUUCAGGACGUGUCAUGUGUGCUCAAUUUAGUUCUUUUAUGGGCAUCCCAUUCUCAUGGUUCCUUCUUCGAAUUAUCCCCCCGUCUGUAAGCAGCUAUUCCACAUUUGCUGUGACUUUAUUCAUAAUGGGCCUCACAAUCAGCUGGUGUGCUACUGCUACAAAUGGUCCCAUGUUUGCAGAAGUGGUGCCUUCAAAGCACCGCACCAUGAUUUAUGCUUUUGAUCGUGCGUUUGAGGGUUCAUUUUCUUCUUUUGCUGCUCCAAUUGUAGGGAUUCUGGCUGAGAAAAUGUAUGGCUAUGAUGCCAAAUCUGUUGAUCCGAUAUUAGGAUCUGCAAGAGAGGCUUUAGCGCUGUCGAAAGGUCUCUUUUCAAUGAUGGUCGUGCCUUUUGGUUUAUGUUGCUUGUUUUACACCCCUUUGUAUUGGACAUUCAAGCAGGACCGUGACAAUGCAAGACUUGCUGCUGCAAAAGAAACAGAGAUGAUAUGACAAUUCCACGCUUUUCAUUUCUUUGUUUAUUCAUUCUUCUUGGAUCUUUGGGCUCAUUUGGAUGUGGAGUUUCUUCUGUGAACCACUUAGAUGAAAUGCUGCUGCACUGCUGUAGCCUGUAGGCCAAAACAACAGUGUUCCCUUCUAAUUUUGCAGAUAUUUCAUUUGGUGGUUGCAUUAGGACAGCAGAUUAAGUCUCCAUUACACUUACCUCAUCUAACAGAUCAUACUCAAAAUUCAAAGAUGUAAACAAGCAGACGCUGUUGCCAGGCAUCAGGCACUCCAACAUUGCAGUAGUUGCUUCGGCAUUGGCAAACUGGAAUAGAGAGAGGACAGGGUUUGCCUGUUUGUCUAUGAUUGUACUUGUAAAUCCUGCCAUUUUUGAAGUAAGAAGAAAGCCACGGAACUUUAACAUAGCAUCCUCUUAUGUUGGUACAAUAACUGACAUUGAAGUUGAAGAUUAUGAUAUAAACGAAAAGCUCAAA